AUGACGAAGGAUAAAGGUACGAAAUCACAACAUGUUUCUUUGCCUGUUUUACAAGGGGAUUUAGAUAAGAACAUUGAUAAAGGGAAGAAGAUUGGGGAAAUUUCGGAGAAGGGUUCCUCUAAUGGGACCAUGGGUUCUUGUAUCAAAAUUAUUGAUGGGGAUAUUGAGGAAGAAGCUUGGGAUCCAAAUGCCACUUUCACUAAAGAAGAUAUUCGGAUGGUUCCAAUUUGGAUUCAAGUGCAGAAUUUGGAUUUCAAGUAUCGGGGUCAGCGGUCUCUGCUCAAGAUUGUUGGGCAUAUUGGGAAACCAAUAAAGGAAGAUCAAGCGACUAGGAACAGAGAUCUUUUGCAGUAUGCUCGUAUAUUGGUUGAAGUCUCCAUUUCUCAAGUACUACCACAGCAGAUAGUUUUUGAGAAUGAGAAAGGUGAUAUGGUCUAUUUGGGUAUUCACUAUGAGUGGAAACCUAUUGUGUGUACUCAUUGUAAUGGUAUAGGCCAUCACUCUAAAGGUUGCAAGAGGAAACAAAAUUCGGGGAAGAUGUGGGUUCCUAAAAAAACUAAUUUGCAAGGAGAGGUUGUGGGAGAUGUUAUGCCUGCUCCUAAGGUGCAAAAGCCAAGAAUUGAUGAGGAUGGGUUUCAAGAGGUGAAGACUACAGCUAAAAGAUCCCCCGUGGUGCCAAUUGAUAUGGAUAAUAUGUUUUGUGUUUUGGAUGAAAAUGUAGAGGAAUUGCGCAUUGGCCAAGUUCUUUCUAAAGUGAAAGCUAAAAACCUUGGAAGCUUGUAUAUUCAACAUUUUGCAGGCUGGUGUUUCACCACUAAUUUAGCUUACCAUCCAGGUGGUCGGAUAGUGCUUCCUUGGAAUCCAAUCAUGUUUGACUUGGACAUUGAGAGGUGUUCUAGUCAGAUGAUUCAUUAUUUGGUCACUCCAAAGCAUGGUGCUGGUUUUGAAGUUACUUUUGUCUAUGCUUUCAAUGAGAGUGGGGGUAGAGAAUUCUUAUGGCAGGAUCUGAAGGAUUUGUCUGUUACUAUGGAUGGUCCAUGGGUCAUGUUAGGAGAUUUUAAUGCGGUGCUAUUUCCUGAAGAAAGAAUCCAUUUACAUGGUAGGCCUAAUGAUUGUAGAGUAAUGGAGGAUUGCAUGGACUAG